CCACCCUGGUUUAUGCGUGUCCUGGACCAGAAGCACGAGGAGUGCGUGGCCACGGCCCAGUACUGCCUGCAGACCAUCAUCAACGCCCUCUCCGGGCUGAAGAACAAGGCUGACUCCAAGCCGGACAAGGAGCUCUGCUCGAAAAACAAUCGAGAGAUCGAUACUCUGCUCACUUGCCUGGUCUACAGCAUCACGGAUCGCACCAUUUCGGGUCCAGCUCGGGACGCCGUCAUAGAGUUGCUCACCAGAAACAUCCACUACUCGGCCCUGGAGUGGGCCGAGCGUCUGGUGGAGAUUCGCGGCCUGUGCCGCCUCCUAGAGGUGUGCUCGGAGCUGGAGGACUACAAGUACGAGAGUGCAAUGGAGAUAACUUCGUCCACCUCUACGAUUGCCUCGGUCUGUCUGGCCAGGGUCUACGAGAACAUGUACUAUGACGAGGCCAAGUUACGCUUCGCGGAUCAGAUCGACGAGUUCAUCAAGGACAAGCUGCUCUCGCCCGAUAUGGAGUCCAAGGUGCGCGUCAUCGUGACCAUAACAGCCUUGCUGAGUGGUCCCCUGGAUGUUGGCAACCAAAUUAUCGCCAGAGAGGGCAUUCUGCAGAUGAUUUUGGCCAUGGCUACCACAGAUGAUGAGCUGCAGCAGCGUGUGGCAUGCGAGUGUCUGAUAGCCGCCUCCUCCAAAAAGGACAAGGCCAAGGCUCUCUCUGAGAAUGGCGUCGACAUACUGAAGCGGCUAUACCACUCCAAAAACGACGCCAUCCGAGUGCGCGCCCUGGUGGGAUUGUGCAAGCUUGGUAGCUACGGUGGUGGCGAUGCAGCUAUCCGGCCGUUUGGCGAUGGGGCAGCCCUCAAGCUGGCCGAGGCCUGUCGCCGUUUCCUGAUCAAGCCCGGCAAGGACAAGGACAUCCGACGCUGGGCAGCCGAUGGCCUGGCUUAUCUCACGCUCGAUGCCGAAUGCAAGGAGAAGCUGAUCGAUGACAAGGCCUCCAUUCAGGCUCUGAUGGCGCUGACCCGCGGCGGAGACCAGUCCUGUCUGUACGGCGUGGUCACCACCUUUGUGAAUCUGUGCAAUGCGUACGAGAAGCAGGAAAUGGUUCCGGAAAUGAUCGAGCUGGCCAAGUUCGCCAAACAGCACAUACCCGAGGAGCACGAGCUGGACGACGUGGACUUCAUUAACAAGCGCAUCACGAUCCUGGCCAACGAGGGCAUCACUACCGCUCUCUGUGCGCUGUCCAAGACGGAGAGCCACAACUCGCAGGAGCUGAUGGCCAGGGUUCUGAAUGCGGUUUGUGGACUCCAGGAGCUGCGCGGAAAGGUCGUCCAAGAUGGGGGCGUUAAGGCGCUACUGCGCAUGGCCCUCGAGGGCACAGAGAAGGGCAAGAGGCAUGCCUGCCAGGCUCUCGCCAGAAUCGGCAUCACCAUCAACCCAGAGGUGGCGUUCAGCGGCCAAAGAUCGCUCGAUGUCAUUCGGCCGCUGCUGAAUCUGCUGCAUCAGGACUGUACGGCACUGGAGAACUUUGAGGCGCUGAUGGCCCUAACCAACUUGGCCAACAUGAACGAAAGCGUGCGCCAGCGUAUCGUCAAGGAGCAGGGAGUGUCCAGGAUCGAGUUCUACCUGAUGGAAGAUCACGUCCAUUUAACACGAGCAGCUGCUCAAUGCAUCUGCAAUCUGGUGAUGUCCGCGGACGUGGUCAAGAUGUUCGAGGGAGAGAACGAUCGGGUCAAGUUCCUGGCCCUUCUCUGCGAGGAUGAGGACGAGGAGACAGCCAUGGCCAGUGCCGGGGCCUUGGCCAUGCUCACCUCUGUUUCGGAGAAGUGUUGUGAGAAGAUCUUCGCCGUUGCCAGCUGGUUGGACAUACUCCACACACUGAUAGCCAAUCCCAGCCCUGCGGUUCAGCAUCGGGGCAUUGUCGUAAUACUCAACAUGAUCAAUUCCGGAGAGGAAACUGCCAAGAAGCUCUUCCAGACGGACAUCAUGGAGCUGCUGAGCGGCCUCGGCCAAUUACCGGACGAGUCGCGGGCCAAGGCCAGGGAGGUGGCCAUUCAGUGCCUGGCCGCAGCGGAGAGACAUCGCAUUAUUGAGAGAUCCGAUGACGCCGAAAUACCCGACGUGUUUGCCGAGAGUGCCAAAAUAACCGAAAUUCUUGAUGAAUAAUUUAUAAUUUAUCGCCAUAACAUACACCAUACACCGCAUGCCUUUCCGAAUCCUGUGCCUUUGUUUCCGUUUCCACUUCAUUAAAAGUAAGCAUUCUGCUACUCACCGUUUCAUCCCGUGACUUAAUUUAUUUCCUCAAACUAUGUUCAAUUCUAAUCAAGUGUUUUUAAAAUACACAUACAUAUAUUGUACGAAUUUAUUAUUAAAUUGAUUUGAAACAUUUUA